GAGAGAGAUCUACUGUACUAUUGAAGUAGAUUCCUAAAGUUUUUUAUCUCUUCUAGAAUAUUGGUUUCACAACACCCCUAUUAUGUGUAUUUAAUUUUACCCACCACAGGGCGUUUUCAAAAAGUCUUUAUUUGGCGGAAUACAACUUCAGAAUCUGACUCAAAAGAGAAAAUUGCUCACAGCCGUGAGCCACUGUGCCUGGCCGAUUUUUACUAUUUAAAGAAAGAAGAAUUUUAGCAGCAUGAGGUGGCUCACGCCUGUAAUCCCAGCACUUUGGGAGGCUGAGGUGGGCAGAUCACUUGAGGCCAGGAGUUCAAGAACAGCCUGGCCAACAUGACGAAACCCCAUCUCUACUAAAAAUACAAAAAUUAGCCAGGCGUGGUGGCACGUGCCUGUAGUCCCAUCUACUCAGAAGGCUUAGGCAGGAGAAUCACUUGAACCACAGACAGGGAGGCUGUAAUGAGCUGAGAUUGCACCACUGCACUCCAGCCUGGACGACAGUGCAAGACUCCAUCUCAAAAAUAAAGAGGAAUUGGAGGAGGAAAUAAAUGAAUAAAUGGCAAAGGUGACAAAGGACCAAAGAUCUGUGACUUGUGCAAAGAUUGCUCUGUGUUUGCUGCAGGUCUAGAAGAUGUUACAGAAUUUCAAGGAAGAGAGAGGAGGGCUGGAAUGAGGUCCUCCACUUCAGAAAAUAGGGGUGAGUAGUUAAACCAACAUCCUUUGGAAUUCAUAUACAUCAUGUGUACCAUGCCACAUCCUGAGGUCUUUUUGUUGAUUUUUUUAGUGGCUUACUGGAUAAUAUCUAAAUAAUGUAUAUUUUACUUUGGUGAGUCUCUCCACCUUCAUUUCUGAAUCAUUGUCCUUUACAUUUUUAUUCUAUUUGAAUUUUGCAUGAAAUGACAAAUGUAGAAUUUUGCCCAAUUUAUUUAUUCAUUUAUUUAUUUGGGAAGACAAAGUCUCUCUCUGUCACCCAGGCUGGAGUACAGUGGCCCAGUCAUAGCUCACUUCAGCUCUUCACUCUAUAGCCCUUAACUCCUGGGCUCAAGUGAUCCUCCACCCUCAGCCUCCCAAGUAUCUAGGAAUACAGGAAUUGGGGCCAGGAACAGUGGUUCGUGUCUGUAAUCCCAGCACUUUGGGAAGCUGAGGCAGGUGGAUCUCUUGAGGCCAGCAGUUCGAGACCAGCCUAUCCAACGUGAGAUGGGGUGUCACCAUGUUGGCCAGACUGUCUUGAACUCCCGGCCUGAAGUGAUUCACCCGCCUUGGCCUCCGGAAGUGCUGGGAUUACAGGUGUGAGCCCACCACACCUAGCCUAUAGUUGUCAUGGGAGGCCAGCCGCCUGCUGGCAAGGAAGAUGGUUGAUUCUUCUGAGCAAUGGAGGCCCUGCAGAGCCCUGUAGUCGCUGUGGCCUGGCAUCCAUGGUUCACCCAAUGCUGGUGGAUGGCUCAGGACGAGGCAGUUGCUGUGGGAGGUGUGGUAACUGCUGGAAGGAAGAUGCUCGAUUCUUCUGAGCAACGAAGGCCACACGGAGUCCUGGAUUCGGUGUGGCCUGGCAUCCACGGUGCACUGUGUGCUGGCGAGUGGCUCAGGACGGGGCAGUUAUCAUGGGACACCCGCCAUAUGCUGGCAAGGAAGAUGGUCAGUUCUUCUGAGCCGCAAAGGCCCCCAGCGUCCUGGAGUUGGUGUGGCCUAGCAUCCACGGUGCGCCCCCUGCUGGUGGAUGGCUCAGGAUGGAGCAGUUGCCGUCGGAGGCCCGCUGCCUGCUGGAAGGAAGAUGGUCACUUCUUCCGAACCACAAAGGCCCUGCAGAGUCCUGGAGUCGGUGUGGCCUGGCUUCCAGGGUUCACCUCGUGCUGGUGGUCACUCAGGAUGAGUGCCGAAGGUCUUUAAGGUCGUCAGCUUACCCACUGCCCAGCCUGUGGUGUCACAUGUCCUGCCUCUUCAAAUGUGUUUGGAUCGAUGAUGAGUCCCCCCAAAAAAACAUUCCUUGGAAAAGCUGAACAAAAUGAGUGAAAACUCAUACCGUCAUUCUCAUCGGAACUGAGGUCCAGCACGUUGCCUCCAGCAGGGACUGUUGGAGUGAAGGACAGUUUCCACUAGUCCCUAUAGGUUCCACCACCCAGGGCGUCCGCAGGUGCGCCUCACCUAAGAGGGUGGCCAGAGACAGUGUUUUGUCAUGACAUCAGAAGCCCCAUGAGGAAGAGGAGGAGCCUGUGCUCCUGCCAGAGGUGGUGGCUGUUAGGUGAGAGACCUGUGACCUGUUUCCGCAUGGCCCUGAGGUCAAAGUUCACAUCCAGUGAUCGAAGGCUGAGGUCUUGAGCCAUCGGGUUGUUGGGGGGAUCAGGUCUGGAGGCUGCAAAGUAGAACUGCCCAUUGCGGUGUUGGGACCCACAUGUGCAUUAGGGAGACAAACACACACACCCAUUUAAACUAACGUUCUCACACAUGCACACACCCACACAUACCCAUACACACACACUCAUACACUCACACUCAAACUCACACUCACACACACACAGGCACAGACAGCCAUAGGCUAACAGAUGCAGCAAUGUGUGCGUGCUGUGGUUCUGGCCACAUAUGCUUUUAGGUGUCCACAGAGUGAUGCAGGUAAGGUAUAUUCAUGGAGAUGGAGGUCAGUCAUGGAGGCCAAGGAGAAGUGGGUGUGUGAGUUGCCCUGUGGGAAAGAAUGGUGUUGAAGUGUCCAGUGAACCUGGGCCUGUUUCUCAAGCAUGCAUUUGAUUU